CGCAGUUACGUCUGCCACGCCCCUGCUCUCGAGUCGCUUUAAAGCAGUCACGUUGCGCUGCAGCAGUGAAACAGGAGAUUGUCCCUCAUCCGCCGAACAGCACUCACCUGAUCUCUUCACAGCCAGACAGCCACCAGCAGCCACCAUGACUCACCAGUACCCCGCACUGACUCCUGAGCAGAAGAAGGAGCUGCAGGACAUCGCUCUGAGGAUAGUCGCUCCAGGAAAAGGCAUCCUCGCAGCCGAUGAGUCCACCGGCAGCAUGGCCAAACGUUUCAACCCCAUCGGGGUUGAGAACACAGAGGAGAACAGGCGCCGCUACCGCCAGCUGCUCUUCACAGCCGACCAGCGCAUGGACAACUGCAUCGGAGGGGUCAUCUUCUUCCACGAAACCCUCUACCAGAACACAGACGACGGCACUUGCUUCUCCAAGCUCAUCCAGGACCGCGGCAUUGUUGUUGGAAUCAAGGUGGACAAAGGUGUUGUGCCCCUUGCUGGAACAAAUGGAGAAACCACCACUCAGGGUCUGGACGGGCUGUCUGAGCGCUGCGCGCAGUACAAGAAGGACGGCGCCGACUUUGCCAAGUGGCGCUGUGUGCUGAAGAUCAGCGACACCACGCCGUCUGAGCUGGCCAUCCUUGAGAAUGCUAACGUACUGGCACGAUAUGCUAGCAUCUGCCAGCAGAAUGGUAUUGUUCCUAUUGUGGAGCCUGAGAUCCUUCCUGAUGGAGACCAUGACCUGAAGCGUUGCCAGUAUGUCACUGAGAAGGUUCUAGCUGCAGUGUACAAGUCUCUGUCAGACCACCAUGUGUACCUGGAGGGGACACUGCUGAAACCCAACAUGGUCACAGCCGGACACUCCUGCCCCACCAAGUACAGCGGCGAGGAAAUCGCCAUGGCUACUGUCACCGCCCUGCGCCGCACUGUGCCUCCUGCAGUCACAGGAGUGACCUUCUUGUCAGGCGGCCAGUCUGAAGAGGAGGCCAGCGUGAACCUCAACGCCAUCAACAACUGUCCGCUCGCCAAGCCCUGGGCCCUGACUUUUUCCUACGGCCGCGCCCUGCAGGCCUCUGCCCUCAAUGCAUGGAGAGGAGAGCUGAGCAACGAGAAGGCCGCCACCGAGGAGUACCUCAAACGCGCUGAGGCAAACAGUCUGGCUGCGCUCGGCAAGUACGAGUCUUCUGGAGCUGGUGGCGCAUCGGCGAAGUCUCUCUUCGUCGGUAAUCACGCCUAUUAAACAUCGAUCCGCCACAUACUACUGUGGACUAGUUAAAGUCUUAUACCUGCUCUGCUAUCCCCCCUCACGCCUCCAUAAAUCACAGGCCUGCGCUGUCUACUGUACUUUAGAGUUGUCAGAGUUAUUCAAAUUAUUAGGUAUGUGUGUUAAAAACAUAAUGUGAAACAAGAGUACUGAAAGGAUGAGAUUUAUGACUGGAGAGGACAACUGUUUUUUAAUUUCUUGUCUGUAACCGUUUCACCGGGCUCAGAGACAGGAAGUUAGACUCUGCAAAAUCUUAUUAGAGGAUCAGAUAAUCAGUCAGUAUUCAGUUCCUGCCUCCUCUGAACUGCACCUGUCUCCACAUCUUGUGCUCUCCGCCUUCAUCCCCCGCUCACGACAAAUCUUGAACCACUCCAAAGCAGGACAGAUCAGCUUGUGUGUUUUCGCUUGUGU